CCAGCUUUGCUAAACAUGGACAUGGGGAAGGCUUCCCUGCCUAUCAGUCGGUAUUUAAGGAAAAAAGGUUUCCUGUUGAGCCGUUCUUCCCAAUUGGGGGUCCUGUACCUGAUGGACUGUCACCAAACCUGCCUUUUGUUAACCAGUAUUAUGGCUACCUACCACAGGGCCCUAGACUGGAACAAAAUCCAUUACAGCAUCAAGGUACCCCACCUCAGAGGGGGCCCAGUUAUCCACGCCAGGCCCCCUCUGUGCCCCAGUCUAGCAACUAUGUGCUACAGGGACCAAAAAGGCCUUGGCAAAACAGUAAUGCCAACAUACAACCGGUCCCAGCUGCAGUGAAAUAUCUGGCUUACCCAACCAAUAUGCAACAACUCCAUGUCUUCCAGCAGCCGGGCGCCCCCAAGCAGCCGUUCGUCUACCCGCCCCAGCAGCCUCAGCCGGGCGCCCCCCAGCAGCCGUUCGUCUACCCGCCCCAGCAGCCUCAGCCGGGCGCCCCCCAGCAGCAGUUCGUCUACCCUCCCCAGCAGCCUCAGCCGGGCGCCCCCCAGCAGCAGUUCGUCUACCCUCCCCAGCAGCCUCAGCCGGGCGCCCCCCAGCAGCAGUUCGUCUACCCUCCCCAGCAGCCUCAGCCGGGCGCCCCCCAGCAGCAGUUCGUCUACCCUCCCCAGCAGCCUCAGCCGGGCGCCCCCAAGCAGCAGCCUCAGCCGGGCGCCCCCAAGCAGCCGUUCGGCUACCCUCCCCAGCAGCCUCAGCCGGGCGCCCCCAAGCAGCAGCAGUUCGCAGCAGUUCGGCUACCCUCCCCAGCAGCCUCAGCCGGGCGCCCCCAAGCAGCAGCAGUUCGGCUACCCUCCCCAGCAGCCUCAGCCGGGCGCCCCCAAGCAGCAGCAGUUCGGCUACCCUCCCCAGCAGCCUCAGCCGGGCGCCCCCAAGCAGCAGCAGUUCGGCUACCCUCCCCAGCAGCCUCAGCCGGGCGCCCCCAAGCAGCAGCAGUUCGGCUACCCUCCCCAGCAGCCUCAGCCGGGCGCCCCCAAGCAGCCGUUUGUCUACCCGCCUCAGCCGGGCGCCCCCAAGCAGCCGUUUGUCUACCCGCCUCAGCCGGGCGCCCCCAAGCAGCCGUUUGUCUACCCGCCUCAGCCGGGCGCCCCCAAGCAGCCGUUUGUCUACCCGCCUCAGCCGGGCGCCCCCAAGCAGCCGUUUGUCUACCCGCCUCAGCCGGGCGCCCCCAAGCAGCCGUUUGUCUACCCGCCUCAGCCGGGCGCCCCCAAGCAGCCGUUUGUCUACCCGCCCCAGCAGCCUCAGCCGGGCGCCCCCAAGCAGCCGUUUGUCUACCCGCCCCAGCAGCCUCAGCCGGGCGCCCCCAAGCAGCCGUUUGUCUACCCGCCCCAGCAGCCUCAGCCGGGCGCCCCCAAGCAGCCGUUUGUCUACCCGCCCCAGCAGCCUCAGCCGGGCGCCCCCAAGCAGCCGUUUGUCUACCCUCCUCAGCCGGGCGCCCCCAAGCAGCCGUUUGUCUACCCGCCACAGCCGGGCGCCCCCAAGCAGCCGUUUGUCUACCCGCCUCAGCCGGGCGCCCCCAAGCAGCCGUUUGUCUACCCGCCCCAGCAGCCUCAGCCGGGCGCCCCCAAGCAGCCGUUUGUCUACCCGCCCCAGCAGCCUCAGCCGGGCGCCCCCAAGCAGCCGUUUGUCUACCCGCCCCAGCAGCCUCAGCCGGGCGCCCCCAAGCAGCCGUUUGUCUACCCGCCCCAGCAGCCUCAGCCGGGCGCCCCCAAGCAGCCGUUUGUCUACCCGCCUCAGCCGGGCGCCCCCAAGCAGCCGUUUGUCUACCCGCCCCAGCAGCCUCAGCCGGGCGCCCCCAAGCAGCCCAGCCUCAGCCGGGCGCCCCCUAAGCAGCCGUUUGUCUACCCGCCCCAGCAGCCUCAGCCGGGCGCCCCCAAGCAGCCGUUUGUCUACCCGCCCCAGCAGCCUCAGCCGGGCGCCCCCAAGCAGCCGUUUGUCUACCCGCCCCAGCAGCCUCAGCCGGGCGCCCCCAAGCAGCCGUUUGUCUACCCGCCCCAGCAGCCUCAGCCGGGCGCCCCCAAGCAGCCGUUUGUCUACCCGCCGCAGCAGCCUCAGCCGGGCGCCCCCAAGCAGCCGUUUGUCUACCCUCCCCAGCAGCCUCAGCCGGGCGCCCCCCAGCAGCCGUUCGUCUACCCGCCCCAGCAGCCUCAGCCGGGCGCCCCCCAGCAGCCGUUCGUCUACCCGCCGCAGCAGCCUCAGCCGGGCGCCCCCCAGCAGCCGUUCGUCUACCCGCCGCAGCAGCCUCAGCCGGGCGCCCCCCAGCAGCCGUUCGUCUACCCGCCGCAGCAGCCUCAGCCGGGCGCCCCCCAGCAGCCGUUCGUCUACCCGCCCCAGCAGCCUCAGCCGGGCGCCCCCAAGCAGCCGUUCGUCUACCCGCCCCAGCAGCCUCAGCCGGGCGCCCCCAAGCAGCCGUUCGUCUACCCGCCCCAGCAGCCUCAGCCGGGCGCCCCCAAACUGUUGCAGCAGCCCAUGAAUCCCCAACAGAAAUUCAUCUUGGGCAGGAAGCAUGUUGACCAUAUCAAACUGCCCCAAAAACCUGCUACUUUCAGCAGGACGAGUCCGUCCAACAGGCGGCACUCAUGA